AUAUAUUAUCCUUGCUUGUUAUCAGAAUCAGAAUACUUUAUUUAUUUCAUGCAGAACAUUGUUGUGUUGCAGCAAUAAAAUAAAAUAAAGUAACAACAACACCAAAGAAAAAAUGAGACUUUGACAGAUAGCCAUUCUCUACUUUCCCCUAGAGUUACAAUUAUUGCGUCAGUGUGGAAUAAACAUUAUGACAGAGGGAAAGCUUGUAUGAAAAAUAUAGGGUUACCACUCAAUAUUUACUUGCAGCGGUUUCACACUGUCACGAAUAAGGCUUUCAUUGUGAAACAACUCACCGGAAGUCUCGUUGGAAAUUUUUCCAACCUUGACAACUGUUGGGCUCAACAUACUAUGGAUUUGAUACAGUCCGGCGGCGGAGUAUACGUCUGGCGGACACACACGGCAGGUAAUCUUUUCGCCUCACGUUGUCCGUCCUCACGUAGUCGUUGAUAAUGUGCUCGGUGCCGCCGCGUCGAGCGCGUGCCUCCGAUCCUCAUGGCAGAUCGAUAUUAUAGAUGAAUCGCAUGUGCAGAGAGGGAAGUUUACCUCCAGCGACCCGAGGACAGAGGCGGACAAUUGCACGGCGGUGUACACGCACGGCAUGAUGGUGUGAGGCCGCUGCAUGAGGCAGCCUGGACAAACAUGAUGGAGGAGGCUGCCAGCCAGCUCGAGCGAGACCAUGUGCACAGUGUCUAUGACAAGAUUGCUCCAUAUUUCAAUGACAGCCGCUAUAAAGCCUGGCCAAAGGUACGACAGUUCCUACUGGACCUGGAGGCAGGAAGCAUUGUCGCUGACAUUGGUUGUGGCAAUGGCAAGUAUCUCCACAUCAACAAGGAGGUGUUCAAGCUGGGGUGCGAUGUUUGUCGCCCCCUGGUGGACUUUGCCUGGAGCCAAGGACACGAGGUUCAGAUGUGUGACGGGCUGCAUUUGCCUUACAGAGAUGGCUGCUUCGACGCUGUGCUAUCUAUUGCAGUCAUCCAUCAUUUGUCCACCAAAGAGCGUCGUAUUCGAGCAAUAAAGGAGAUGGCUCGCACCCUGCGAGUGGGCGGACGCAUCAUGAUCUAUGUGUGGGCCAUGGAGCAGAAACGUCGUAAAUUUGAGAAACAGGACAUUUUUGUUCCCUGGAACCCCAACCCUCAGUCGUCCUCCGGCUUCAGCAGGGAGCAUGCCAAACCCAGAAGGAGGGCCACAGCGCAGAGUGUGAGCGAAGCCAUAGACAACACUGACAAGCACAGGAAGGUUAGAAGCACAUCCUCCGUUGCAGACGAAGAAGACCUGACCUGCACCACGCCGCAGCAGAGGACUCAGAGACUGUGGUUCUUCUCCAGGUCUCUGGAUUCUGUGUUUGACUUUGGAAGUUUAGCCAUCUCCCGGUCGUCCUCCAGAGACUUGAGCACUUUAUCUUCACCCACAGGUGAAAAUGAGGGGAACAAGGCGACCCACCGUGGGAGAGGACGAGGGCUCAUCAAGCAGGUCUCCAGCUUCUUUUCCCCUCCGUCUGUUAUCGGAUCAGAGGAGGACGUCUUUGACUCGGUCACAGACCUGCACAAGGGACAAAACGGUUCUGGAGGCAGCAGCAGCAACAAUAACAACAACACCCCUAACAGCAACGGCACAGAAAACCAGAGUGCCUCAGUAUCUUUAACCCAGGAGUGUGGCUCUCUGGCCCUGCCAGAUCUGGUGCCUUUCCAGAAAGAGCACCUGAAGCAGUCUGGAGACGAAAGUGAUGGAGGGCCACCGGGAAAAGAGCUGCAGGAAAGCACACAGAGUCCUCAGGGGAGCGAGGGACAGGUGGAAGGCUCCUGCCUGAGGUACUAUCACGUCUUCAGGGAAGGAGAGCUGGCAGAGCUGAUAGAGAAUUAUGUCGAAGAGCUUCAUGUCAAACAAACCUACUUUGAUCACGCCAACUGGUGUGUGGUGGCAGAGAAGGUUCAGUUGUGGAAAAUCUGAUUUUAAAAUACGUUUGAUUUUACUUUGCAUCAACUCUGCCUCAAGUUUUAGCACUGAAUCACACAUUUGAUGAUUAUUAACUUCUUGUAACUGAAAAGUAUGUAAAGGUACAGAUGUAGCCAUUGUUGAAGUUAACACUAAACACUAAAAUAAACCACUCCACUGAUCCAAGGCUCUACAUAACUGUUUGGAAAUUGUUAUUUUUAGUUUUAAGUUAAGUAGUCUGUGUGACAGACUGAUCCAUAUCUAGCAUUAUAUGUAUGUUUUUGCACAUAGGAUGGCAGUGUUCAACAAUGGCUACCACUGUAUAUUACACCAUGUUUUUAAAGUAUUUAUUCAAUUUCAAUACAUGGAACCAACAAGCAGUAUCCAGAUAUCCAGUGUAUGUUCCCUUUUAGUGUCAAGAAUUUGUUUUAAUCAUCAAGCUCCAAGAUUUUAACUCUUUUAAAAGAUCAUUCCUGCGAGGGAGAUGUUAAGAAAUUGGACUUUUAUAAUAUCAGCAAAAGGGGAAUUUGUGAGACUACAGUAGAAUCUUCCAUCUGCUCUUAUAUGUUUUAAUGCAUUGAUUUCAGUGGAAAAUUCUUGAGUUUAUUCUUGUCUGCCUGUUUUACAAUUGCACGUUCCUUAACUCUAAAUUCAAGGAGCUAAACUUGCAGCAAGUAUCUGUUAUGUACUUUUUGGUGGGACUUUCUGUAAACUGCUCAUGUGUAAUUUAUCAUAAACACUAUUAGAAAAGAGCUCAAAGUCGUGCAGAAUAUCUUCCAAAACAUUCGUGACAUUUGCUUGUUGUGUUUUACUCUCCCAAGUGUUUCAAAGAACGUGUUGCCAGUAUGUGCGUGUGUGCUUGAUGUUGACAUUUGUAAUAGUAAUGUAUUGUCUUGUAACAAGCUGAAUAUACCACUAGUAUGUUUCAGCAAAUCAACUGCCUCAUAUACUGUGAAUAAACAUUGCACUGUACCACAAAUAUGUCGCUGCUUGAUGUCAGUGGAUGACAAAUAUAGAUGAAACUUGAAACAUACUGGCGAAUCUAUCCAUUGUGCCAAGGAUGGUGCAUAUCUUUAUCAGUACAGUAUGUGUGGACCAACUGUGUUUGUUCUUAAGUAACAGUGGUACCUUAAUGUCUAAUGUGACCUGAUGUAAAUGCUUUUAAGUUUGACUUUGUUUUUCCUUAUUAAAUAUUUUGGUCAUGAA